AUAUACCAUGUUAGUGGUUAAAGAAUAUAUGCUUUUAAAACUCAAUACCAUUUAACAAUGGCUUUAUAUAUAUAGUAGGAGUUUCCAACUCUUCUCAUCAACCAACUAGCAUUUGCAAAAAUAUUACUUUCUUUGUAAACACAAACUAAACUACCUGCCAUUUUACAUCAAGCAAAACAGAAAGAUGAGUGUAGAAAUUUUAGAUGGUGCUACCAUUGUCCACUUUCUUGAAGAUGAAGAAGCAUUUAACAACUCUGUACUUAACCGAUUUGCUCGUCUUGACACAAAUAAUGAUGGUCUUCUGUCUUAUGACGAGAUGUUGAAGGAGCUCCAAGGUCUGAGGGUUUUCGAAACACAUUUUGGGAUUGACGUGGAGCCGGAUCCAGAUGAGCUAGCCCGUGUUUAUGCGUCCUUGUUCAUACAAUUCGAUCACAAUUUAAAUGGCACGGUUAAUCUGGAAGAAUUCAAGACAGAAACAAAGCAGAUGAUGCUUGCGAUGGCGGAUGGAAUGGGUUUCAUGCCAAUUCAAAUGGUGUUGGAAGAAGAAGACAACAUCCUUAAGAAAGCUGUUGAAAGAGAGUACAAUAAAGUCUCAGCUUAAGUGCUGCUAUGAGAUCAUACCUAAGAUUUAACAAAUUCUGCAAGUUUUGUAUUACUCUAUAACAUUUUGUUUGUUGUUCUUAUUACCUUUGAAACUUCCUACACUGUUUUGUUAUGGAUUCCUUUAAUCAAAACAUACCUCUUAGAUGAGUUUUUGACUAAAGAAGAUUUUCAAGAAUGUUAU